CAACCUUGCCAACUAACCUCACAUUCUGAGCCUCUAUUCUAUGCUAUGUAAACUCAAAUUUAUUGAUGUUUUAAACUUAUAUUUGUGUCUCGCGAUUGUUCAGAUAAGUUUUCAAAAUGUCUUACAAGUGCUGCGUUCCUAAUUGUGUCGGUAAUUACGGGAACGGUUCGAAGGUUUACGUAUUUUCAUAAAAGAUGGCUCAAUGCAAUCCCUCGUAGUGAUUUAGUGGUUACAAAAAACACCCGAGUAUGCAAUUUGCACUUUGCUGAGGACAGCAUCAUUUGGGAAUCCACCUUCCAUGACGAAAAGACAGGACAUAUCAAGCAGAAGAAGCCGAGAUGAGAAAUUGAGGGACAAGGAACAAGAACAACUACUUAAAGCACUGCAAACUAGCAUUGAUGAUUGUUCCUCAUAUCAAAAAUCUACUUGUUUUCAAAAUUAUUCAGACUUUCUCACAAUUUUUAGUUCAUGGCAAUGUCCAUAUGGGUUGCAAAAAAUUGAUCAGGAUAAAGUUACUUUGUUUAAGUAUAUAAACCAGCACCCAUCAUAACUCACUCUGUAAUAAAGAUCUCAAUGUAAA